AUGUCUUGGUUGGGAUGCAUUCCUUGGUCUCAAGGGAUCAAGAAACGAGCUUGCAGGUAUCUCUUACAACGAUAUCUGGGUCAAUUUUUGGAGGAAAAAUUGACAUUGGAUCAGCUCACUGUAGAUCUGUACAAUGGAACUGGUCGUGUAACCAAUGUCAGCCUUGAUGUACAGGCCCUUAACGAAAUGGGAGAGCAACAACAACUUCCAUUAGAAUUUGUUGAUGGUUUUAUAUCAGAAAUGUCUGUUAGCAUACCAUGGUCAGCUUUGCUUAGUGAAGCUAGUUAUGUAGAAGUUACCAGUUUAAGAUUAACCGUUCAGCCUAGACAGAGGGCAAAAACUGGAACUUCGAUGUUUGAGUCUAUGUGGAGCUCUAUGACAUCCAGCAUGCAACUUGCACAAGAGUGUUUACAGGAAGAUGCAAAAAAUGCUGGAAAUUCACAGCCAUUAGAAGGAGUUGAAUUGUUUGCACAAACAAUAGAUUCAAUUUUAUGUAGAGUGAAAGUAAGAUUUAUAGAUACUGUAAUACGUUUGGAACAUGUGCCACUAGAUUCUUCAACAGGGGUUGCAAUAGAAAUGUGUAUAAAAAAUCUUGAAUAUUCGGAUGAAGCAGGCUUAGAUCCAAGCAGUACUUCAUUAGACCCUAGUCAAUCAACAAAAGGAUAUGUUGUGUCAGCAUUCACAACAAAAAGGUUUUAUUUAGAAGGUGUGACGUUCCACACAGAUGAAUUUCCAUCUCGAGCGAGAACUUUCUCUAGAAGCAUUAUAACAACAAGCAGAGGUUCUACACCAGAUUCUAAAAAUUCAGAUGGUCAUUUUUUCUCUGCACAAGUAUCUCCUACUCAAAAUAUGCAAACUCCUCUAGAAGCAAAUAUUAUUAAUAAUUUAAACGAAUCAAAUCCUAUAAUGUUUGCUAAGUUAGCAGGCAGACAGGAAAUAAGAUUAAAAUUAAAGCAAGGGGAGGGUGUUUCAGGACCAAAGGUAGAAUUAGAAGUGACAUUGGGAUCCUUUACUUCAUUUUUAAGUCCACGGCAAGUGCAUGUGUUAUUGGAAUUAGGGCAUGGACUUGCUUCUCCAGAUUUAGAAGAUGUUAGUAAUGUUGCGCCAAGGGCGUGUACGGAAAAGCCUAUGGCUGAUAGUGACUUUAAUCGCAUCGAACGAGAACUUAUUCAUCAAAUACAUCCAACUCAAGGAUUACGUUCUAUGGAUUUAAGGCAUGCACAAGGAUGGUCGACGGCAUCUUUAGAUGAGUCAGAUAAUAAAGACGAGUUUUUACCGAUGCGGUUACCUGGCUCAACAUCAAUGAAUGAUUCGAUCACAAGCAAUAAUAUUAGCAUGGACGGGAGUAUAUUAUCUAGUAGUAUUAGUUUAAAAAAUUCAGCAACAAAUUUACCAAAGCAACAGAAACACAGGCAUAGUGUGGAUAAUAGUCCAUCUGCAGAAACAUCUCAUUUUCACGUAAGGGUAUCUUCCAUAGCUGUAAUCCUAUUACACGAAGACAUACUAACCACGUGCGUGGAAGGAGGUGGUUUAACGUGUUCCAGUAUACGUCAGAUGAAAAAUUCGGCGGACGAAUUUUUCAAACAAUUAGGAAUGUUCAGAGCUGGAGGAUAUGGAAACAAAGACUUUGAUAAGGCAUCAAAAGUACUCUUAGAUGCUUGCCAUUUAAGUCAUAUUAGAUUACUUGCUGCGCCGUUAGUAAUUGAAGGGAGGGAAAAAAAUGUUUCAUGGUUCUCUGUAGUAUCUGGGACACUAACUUUAGCUAGCUUAGAAAUUGUAGAAUGUUUAAUUGAUUCAAAUAAUUCUGGAGCAAAUGCGACACCACCAACUGAAUUUGUCGAACUGCUUACAUUUCCAAAGGAGGAUUCAACGAAUUUUGGCUUCACUAAUAAAACAGACUUGAAAAUGAAAUUUAAAUAUGUAGAGCAUAUUGAAAAUACAGGAUAUACUCAACUAUUGAAAUGUGCAGAUCCACAUACAACAAUUGAUAUCGAAUUGGAACCGUGCAAAAGUGAAGUGGAUAUAACUAUUGUAGAUAGGAUAUGUGCCCUGCUUAAUCCGCAACCUAUUUGCGUUUGUAAUACUGUAUCUAGUAAUAAGAAUACUAAUCAACAAACUUUAUUUUAUCAAGCCAUAGAAAGUCCCACUUUGUCAGACUUUGCUGCUAUGAUAAAAGUAUCUUCGUCGCAAUGUACAAUAAAAUUAAGGUUUCCAAUACCAGAUUUGAGACCUUUGCACGAUAUGAAUCGAGCACCAUGGUGGAAGAGAUCGGUGAGAACAGAUUAUAUGAUUUUGAAAAUGACAGAUGCACAAAUUCAUGCUCGCCCGCAUUCAAUUUUCUCGAAGAAUUGUCCGCAUUCUGUGAAAAAACAUUUCGAAAUUCAAUUCCGAAAGUUACUGCUUUCGUAUGCAGAAACGGAGACAGACGUUCCAUUAAAUAUAGGCAAAGUUACAACUCAUGAAAAAAAUAAUGCAUCGUGUCAACAAGUUAACGAAGGAUUUGAUUGGGCUAGAAUAGUUAUUACAAUCUAUCCGCAACGUUUAAGCGAUCAGCUGGAAGAUAGCUCUGAAGGAGAGCCAGAUUCUAGUUUCGACGAAACUCUAGAAAAUACGCCUAAACAUCAGCCAUCUCCGUUCAGUUCAAAGCGUGUUAUUCAUGAAUCUGACACCCCUCAUUCGAAACCCCCUGCACAAGGCGACAAGAAUGAUUCAGAACAAAGAGAGGGCGAAGAAUUAAUCAUACCAGGAAGUCGAGAAGAGAUGUUAGAGUUUAUGGACGAAGGCAUCCGUAGUUCCAGAAUACAAUUAGAAAUUAACUUCCCGUGUGUUUCCGUCCAAAUACCAUCGAAACAUCUGUAUGAAUUGCUAUACAAUAGAUUCAAUACUGAUCUUUUUUUAUGGAAACCAUCGGCGCCAAGACCGAAGUAUGGCACGCACAUGGAAAAUCACAUAGGUCUCGAUUUGGCAUCUACCUUGUUGCAAGAAUCUAUUUAUCCCAGAUUUAGCACGUGUAAAAGCAGGAUUCAGUAUGAUUCCGAUUCGGACUCGGAGGAAGAGGGUAUAUUUUAUUCUGCAGCCGACAAACAUUAUAGGCAGCAUCAAAACAACGUGUCGAGGAAUGGUCAGAGCAAUCUAGCACUAAUUUUGAAUAUAGAUCAAGGCCUUCUCUGUAUGUAUACUCCUGUUCGUGACUCAAUGCGCAACGUCAUCCCUGGGCAACAAGGCGAAUUAAUAAUUCGAUUAGAAGAUGCGACGAUAUUUUCGGUAACCGCGUACAAAGGAAAUUCAAAUCUGGGUUACGUUUGCGCCAUGAUAAGGGGGAUGUCUUUGGAUCAUUGUGGAUUAAUGACGACUCCUUUGCAACCACCGUCACUGAGACCUAUUAAUAGCGACAUUCCGCAACAUUGUCAAAACACUAUAUAUAAAAGCGGGCUAAACGAGAACGUAAUGGGAACAAACAAUAAUGAUGAUAUGGUGAUGCUCGCUAUUAGGAUACAAGCUGCUCAUCAAACUCACCGUAUUAAAACUUUCAGAGUAGCGGUAGGCAUUGCAAAUGCUACAUUAAGGCAUAGAAUGUGUAACACUGGCACAUCAUGGUUUACGCAGUUAACAGAUUGUUUGGACGUAGCCGAUCAUCCUGUUGCUGGAUAUUCUCCACCAGGAAUAUUAACAGAAUUACACUUGCAUCUUUGGAAUUGCAUGGUCGAUUACAGACCAAUUCAUCUGCCAUUAAGGUCAAUGGUAACUCUUGAUAAUUUUAGUGUUUCCAGCAAUAUUGCUGCGCAUACAAACACUUCAACGCUACGUUUUAUAGCAGAAGAUAUUGCCUUGUUCAUAUCUAACAAAUUAGGGAAAGGUGUGGAUCUUCGUCGGGAUUAUGUGUGCGUAAUGGACGUAGGAUUGUUUGAAUUGUCGCUGAGAUUAAACGACAAAAUGUGCGGUGGUGCACCUAGAGUGGAUUUAAGGGCGAGCAAUAACAUGUUGCAUGUUCGGACUUGCUCAGAUUCUGCACGUGCUCUUAUUCAAUUGUUAACUUAUUUUGCCAAUGAUGGAGAUCUUUUGCCGAACAUGGAAACCGCCGAAAGUAGUAUUACCGUACCAAGUUCUGGCGACGAGGAAAGUCUUCUAGGGAAUGAGUGUAUUAACACUCUUAGUAAGAGUCAAGUUGAACGUGUUAACAGUUUGAUGAAAGAGGCAAUGGAAGAAACAGUAAAAGGAAUACCUUCGAAUACAGACGGUAAUACGUUAGUGAAUGAAAAUCAGGUGGAAGUGUUUUUCUUUCCCGAUGAGUCUCGUCCUGCUUCACAGACAGUACCUGAAAUGUAUAAAAGUUCCGAGAAAUAUACCAAAACAGAAUGUAAUAUAGAAGCUGAGGAUCCAAACGAAGAUUUUUGUAUAUUAGGAGAAGAAGCGGGUACAGGAAUUAUGCCCAGACAUGGUGUUCCAGAAGUUCGUUGGCUUUGUCAAGAAUCUCUAAGGAUAAUAGAUAAUCACUUCGCGGUUCCACUUGGUAAAACUGAUCUACUUAAGGCGCCAAGACAUUUCCCAGCUCCAAUUUUAAGGUAUACCCUUUGUGAAAUGACUCUGAUCUGGCACAUGUAUGGAGGAAAAGAUUUUGAAGUUCUACAAUCGACAGCCAAGAAACAAGUCAGUAUAAAUGACAUUAUGGUUCGUCCUAACACGGCGCCUCAGGAUAAAACUAGGCCACCAUGGUGGGACGGCGUAGCUUUCAAUAAGUCUAAUUCGAACGAAGUACAUAUUGGAAGUGCGCCAAAUUCACCGCGUGGAAAAUGUAGAGAAACAACCGAUUGGCAAGUAAUGGGAGGUCCUGGCCGCCGUCAUGAUAUUUUAAUGGAACUUCAGUUGAAUAAAGUGCGCUUUCAACACGAAGUUUAUCCGGAAAAUACGACAGAAGCAGCAAGACAAAUAUUAUUGGUAAACGAGAUAGAAAUCAGAGACAGAUUGGCGUCCUCGCACAUCAACAAGUUCUUGUAUCAAUAUAGUAGUGAAGCAAAACCGAGGCAGUCUCACGCGAACAUGUUUGCCAUGAAAGCGGUGCAUGUUAGACCGGACCCAAGAUUAAGUGCUCAAGAAUGUUGUUUAAAACUCAGUCUACUGCCGUUGCGAUUAAAUAUCGACCAGGAUAGCCUACUGUUCUUGAUAGAAUUUUUCAACGAAUUGGGUAACGGUUCGAAGCAAGCUCAAGGAAAUUCUAGUGCACCUAACAAUUCGCAAUCCGCCCCAGUGUCCAAGCAAGGGACACCGACGCAUCACCCACCGGUUAUGAGUGUGAACGAUUCCGCGCCUAAUGCACCAACGCCAACGAAUACAUCACAAAAUGAUAGCAUAGAUCCGAACUUAUUGAUACUCUUGGAAGAUGAAUUGAUGAUAAAAGAAAACAAUGUGAUGGCGAAACCGACGCAUGAAGUUUACGAAGAUUGUCAACCAAUAUAUUUUAGGAGUGUGAUAUUUUCCCCUGAAGUCCUUGUUCGAUUAGAUUAUCAUGGAAAGCGUGUAGACCUCACUCAUGGGCCGUUAGCAGGGCUUCUAAUGGGCCUGGCGCAGUUGAAUUGCUCCGAAUUAAGACUGAAAAGAUUAACACAUCGGCAUGGACUUCUGGGAUUCGAUAAAUUAGUAACGUUUUUACUUUCCGAAUGGUUGCGAGAUAUAAAGAAGAAUCAACUUCCAAGUUUACUUGGCGGUGUCGGUCCCAUGCACUCGUUAGUACAAUUGUUUCAAGGAAUAAGGGAUUUGUUCUGGUUGCCUAUCGAACAAUACCAGAAAGAUGGUAGGCUAUUUAGAGGACUACAACGAGGUGCAAACAGUUUCACGACGUCUACCGCAAUGGCGGCGUUGGAAUUGACUUCUAGGUUGAUACACGCUAUACAAAGUACAGCCGAGACAGCUUAUGAUAUGGUGAGUCCUGGUCCAAGCGUGAGGCGUAAACACAAGGGACAGAAAGGACGCCGGAAAAGAUAUAGCCAGCCAUUGGAUAUUCGAGAAGGGAUGGCUAAUGCGUAUAUGCUAGUAAAAGAGGGCUUAGGGGAAACGGCAAAUCAAUUAGUUCGUGUAGCUAGCGAAGAACACGAACAAAAAGGAGUCUCUGGUGCUGUAGGAGGUGUGUUACGACAAAUACCACCGACUGUUGUGAAGCCAAUUAUUUUAGCUACAGAAGCGACGAGCAACGUUUUAGGUGGUAUGCAAUCGCAAUUAGUGCCGGAUGCCAGACGGGAGGCAGCUCAAAAAUGGCGGCAAGAUUCAAAUGACGCGAAUUGAAGUUGCUCCUCGGAACGAUGGUAUAAUUCGAUGUUUCGAUCGACUUUCGUGUGAGACAUGAGAAUCCAUGACGUGAAUGAAUGAAUAAUGUUAUAGGAGAAAAAUGCGGUUGAAGUUCUUUUAUCGAGAUAAGAGGUAUACGAAAGAUGAUGAGUAGUAAAUUGGCUCGAUGGUACAUAUGGCAUUACCAAAUCUUUUUGGACCUAAAUCGCAUAAAUUUUGAAGAACGCAAAGCCCUUUUUAAAAUGAUAUAACACAUUUAUAACUAAUUGUAUGUUUCAGUUUUAUUGGUCUUGUUACAUAUUACAAAAAGAUCGAUCCAAUUUGUUAUAUUUAUAGUUUAUAAAUAAAAUAUAUAUACCAUCGUGAGCAUCGUUUUCAUAGCUUGUAUGUAUUUUUGUUCUAAUAAUGCGUAUGUUUUAUACCAAUGAUAUGUAUGUGAAAAAUUUCAUUAAUAAAAUUAUGACGCUUAU